CGCAAAGGUGCGCUCCUCUCUCUCCGCGAUGGGCUCCGCGCAGCUCCGCUUCCAGGCCUUCCUGCAGCGGCCGGGCUUCGUGGGCGACCUGCUGGGCCGCCUGGAGGCGCAGACGGGCGUCAAGAGGGACUACCUGGCCGCAGGUGCAAUUGCGUUUCUGGGACUCUACCUGAUGUUUGGCUAUGGCGCCUCAUUGCUUUGCAAUCUCAUCGGUUUUGUCUAUCCUGCUUAUGUCUCCAUCAAAGCCAUUGAGAGCUCCACGAAGGACGACGACACGACAUGGCUGACCUACUGGGUCGUCUACGGGCUCUUCAGCGUGGCGGAGUUCUUCUCGGACACCUUCCUUUACUGGUUUCCCUUUUAUUAUGCCGGCAAGUGUCUCUUCCUGCUGUGGUGCAUGGCUCCCGUCUCGUGGAACGGCUCCCAGGUCCUCUACUGCAACGUCAUCCGCCCCUGGUUUCUGAAGCACCACCAGACCGUCGACAGCGUCCUCAGCGACCUCGGCGGCCGAGCCGCUCACGUCGCAUCCACCGUCUCCAGGGAAGUUCUGCAAUCUCUGGCUGACAGCUGACCUCCACCUGUGCGCCAGGCAGCUUUCCACCACGUCUUUACUCGCGAUCUCCAAAGAAGCCAUGAGAACAGCCCUACGGACAGAGGACUGAGCAACGGACGUUUUAAACUUCCAAGCAAGAGAAAAGAUGCCCACAUUCUGGAAUACCCUGGGAGCUUGGGAAAGACUUUGGGGGUUUUUCUGCGCACCUACGAUAAGAUCAUUCCUUUGGCUCCCCUCCCUCCUCGCCGCCACCAAAUUCCGGAAAUGUGUGGCGAUGCCACCAAUGUGAUUUGAUUGCCUGUUCACUGAGCGCCCCAAGAUAUCCUUGUUUCCUUUCUGAACUCCAGCAGAGGGUGCUGUGACUUCAGAGGUUGCCUGGAUUAAUCCCCACCUGACACUCCAACCACAUUCUUAUGUCUUUGGUCACAAAGUGUGAUCAGUUCCAGAGCAGACGAUCCUUCCAUCCCUGAAUAUUCUCCCUGGCAAUUGCGGUUGGCUGUUCCUUGGGUGGAGAGAGACCUGAUGAGGCUGCCCCCCCCCCCGGUUGGAUCUCAGGCUGUGCAAAAAAAGGUUUUAGAGGUUGCUGCUUCUGAGUUUUGGCAGAGCAGAUGCCAGGAACCAGCUGGUUAACAGCUUCCCUACUUCCUAGUACAGCCUGGACGCAGAUCUGUGCAUGAAAACCUGUAAUCACAAAAAGGUGGGCUCUUUCAUUCUGGAGCUUUGGGGGUCUUGGCCUUCUGCUUUGGGUCUCCAUGGGGAAGCAGCACCUAGCAAUCCAGAUUUGACCCCCCCCACCGCGAUAUCAUCCUAAAUGCUUGUCCUUCUCUACAUUUGUGUCCUGAGCUCACAUCUUGCAACACAUUAAAACAGCAGUGCAAGGCCUGGUGUCCUCUCCAUCUUCUUAAUACACAGCUUGGGACAAUGCCAAGACUUGCAAAUAAAAGCCAGUGUUCGACCUCCAGUAUUGAUGGCGAGCUUAAUGGGUUCUCCAGACCACCCUAAGCUGCUCCUUCCUUAAUGUGUCGCUGGUGGGAUGAGGAGGGUGGGAGCAGUGAUGGGAAACACGCCCUGACAAAUUCCAGAAACUCUCAAGUUGGUACGACUCUCGUUUCUUGCUCUGAACUUCAGUCCCAGCCCCCCCCCCAAAGCAGGAAAAUCUGCCAAGAAAACCCACCGCCCUGAAACAACCGCACAACACUCCUGACGAUUUUCUACGUGGUGAACUUAAGAGAUUGUGAGCUUUGUACUUUCUGCUGAUAAAGUUGGAGUGAUCCAGUGUCCUCCCCC